AAUCGCCGUUCCUCAAUUUCUCGCAGCUGGAAAUUGCUUUAAAUUAGACAACUUCUUAGUUUCAACAUCCCAAUUCUUCAAAAUUGCCUACGCUGAAUCUUCGUGUCACGGUCUCAUUUCUGUAAAGUGAGGUCACAGGUUCAUGCCGCGAAAACAGCCUCUUGCAGAACUGCAAGAUAAAGCUGCGUGCAUAAGACCCAACGUGGUCCAGCUUCCCCGAACCCCACACAUUGCAGGAGCUUAGUGCACCAGGCUACCUUUUAAUUAUGUUGAAAGAAAAUUUGUGUAAGGUACUUGAUUGGUAAUUACUGUUGUCGCUCAUACUGUAUUGCCUUUCUGAAAAUCUUCAGAGUCCUACAGCAUAAAAUGAGAUGAAAUCUGUACUGAGAUUCAAAGCCAAACUGAUACCAGUACUCGGUUUGGUUUCUAUUGGUCCAUCUCCUCCACUCUUUGCACUUGGACAUCUGCUUCAAUAUCUGCGCUGUUAUUCUGGUGCAGCAACCAAAUGGCAGAAUGAGACAGGAUCAAUAAAAUGUAAUGAUCUGCUCAAUGAGUUUACUACUUACUGCUAUCAAAGGGAUCUUCCCGGGGCUAUGAAAGCAUUAAAUUCCUUGCAAAUUCACAAGAUAUGGGCUGAUGCUGUCACCUACUCUGAACUCAUUAAGUGCUGCUUGGCUCGUGGCGCAAUCGAACAAGGCAAACGGGUCCACCAACAUGUGUUCUCCAAUGGUUAUGAACCAAAAACGUUCCUUGUUAACACACUUAUUAACAUGUAUGUGAAGUUUAACAUGCUGGACGAAGCACAAGCUUUAUUUGAUCAAAUGUCUGACAGAAAUGUUGUCUCCUGGACUACAAUGAUAGCUGCCUACUCUAGCGCUAAGAUCAACAACAAGGCUUUGGAGUUUUUGAUCCUCAUGCUGAGAGAUGGUGUGAGACCUAAUAUGUUUACUUACUCUUCUGUUCUGAGAGCUUGUGAUGACCUGUCCAAUCUUAGGCAGCUCCACUGCAGCAUACUCAAAGUUGGUCUGGAGUUUGACGUAUUUGUCCGAAGUGCUCUUAUUGAUGUUUACUCCAAAAUGGGUCAACUCGAGUGUGCAUUGUGCACCUUUAAUGAGAUGGUGACAGGGGAUCUUGUUGUCUGGAACUCCAUUAUUGGUGGAUUUGCACAAAACAGUGAUGGGGAUGACGCUUUGACUCUCUUCAAAAGAAUGAAGAGAGCUGGAUUCUCAGCUGAUCAGUCAACCUUGACAAGUGUUCUUAGAGCUUGUACUAGUUUGGCACUUUUAGAAGUGGGAAGUCAAGUCCAUGUUCAUGUACUCAAGUUCCAGCGGGACCUAAUCCUUAACAAUGCACUUUUGGACAUGUAUUGCAAGUGUGGCAAUUUGGAAGAUGCCCACAAAAUAUUUACUCGGAUGGUAGAGAAGGACGUGAUCUCCUGGAGCACCAUGAUCAUAGGCUACGCCCAGAAUGGUUUCAGCAGAAAAGCACUGGAAUUACUCAAGGAGAUGAAAGUCUCAGGGAUCAAACCAAACUACAUCACUGUUCUUGGAGUCUUAUUUGCUUGCAGCCAUGCAGGACUGGUAGAAGAUGGUCAAUAUUACUUCCGCUCAAUGAAGAAGCUCUUUGGUAUUGAUCCAGGAAGAGAACAUUACGGUUGCAUGGUUGAUCUUCUUGGAAGAUCUGGGAAGCUAGAUGAAGCGGUUAAAUUAAUCCAUGAAAUGGAAUGUGAACCAGAUGCUGUGACAUGGAGAACAUUGCUUGGUGCCUGCAGAGUACAUCGAAAAAUGGAUUUAGCUGAAUAUGCUGCCAAACAAAUUAUAAAGCUGGAUCCAAGUGAUGCAGGAACUUACAUAUUACUAUCUAAUAUUUAUGCGCACACUCACAAAUGGGAGGACGUUGUGGACUUGAGAAAGUCCAUGAGGGAAAGAGGAGUGAAGAAGGAACCGGGAUGCAGCUGGGUUGAAGUGAACAAGCAGAUCCAUGCUUUUAUUAUGGGAGACAACUCCCAUCCACAAAUAGAGGAAAUUAAAAAAGAGCUAAAUCAGAUUAUUUGGAGAUUAAAGGAGGUGGGAUAUGUUCCAGACACAAACUUUGUCUUGCAAGAUCUUGAAGGUGAACAGAUGGAAGACUCACUUCUUUACCACAGUGAGAAAAUAGCUGUUGCCUUUGGUGUAUUGAGCCUGUCUAGAGAGAAGACCAUUAGAAUCAGGAAGAAUCUCAGGAUCUGUGGAGAUUGCCAUUUAUUCGCGAAACUUUUGGCACAGAUAGAGCGUCGGAGCAUUGUCAUAAGAGAUCCUAUCCGUUACCAUCAUUUCCAGGAUGGUAUUUGUUCAUGCGGAGAUUAUUGGUAGAAGGGAAUGGACUUCAAUGUAGUAACACUUGCAGAAAUAGUUGCAACUAUGGAGCUCAAAGUACUGGUUCAUGGUUGGGUUGACAAGAACCCACUCUCUGCUCAACUUGCAUUUGCAUUGGCAGCUAUGAGUUUCUAGGUUGGCAAGCAAAAUUACUGAGGAGACCCCUGAAGAUUGCAAGGUCCCCUAUUUGAAAUCUGCUAGAAAAUGAAGCUUGUCCAAGUCAAGAGCUUUGUGCAACUACAUUAAAAAUCCCUGAUCCAGGUCCUCUCUUAUUCAAAUCUUUCCCCAGCCGUUACUCUCUCCUGUCAAAUUUAGGGGCAAUUUUUAAAAUAGCAAACUGUGAAACAUGACCUGGUAAUCUGUCGGGGAAAGGAUUGGUAAGAGUGCAUUCUCUAUGUAACUGGCAUUUGCAUUGGCAGCUAAGUUUUUCCAUUUAGGUCUCCUUAGUUAUUCAACAAAAUGUGAACAUAACUCGUAAAAGGUCCUGUAAUUGUUGGCCCAGGGUAAGGUUGUACUGUGGUCCGGGCCCGGCCCGGGCCUGCUGGCCAAACGGGCUGGUUCAAGCGGCUCCGUCUCUAGUGGUGCAUAAGCCCAUAGCGGGCCGGUCCAACCCAAAUAGCCCAUGAGCCCGGGAUCGGCAGGCGGGCCUGGGCCGGUUCAACCGGGCCCAAUGGGCCAAACGGCCCCAACGACUAUUUUUAAUUUUUUUUUUUAAAAAAAAUGACCGACGGUCAGAUAUUUAAAAUCUAGCCGUUGGCCAUCAAAAUUCAACCGUUUGGCACUUUAAAAAAUAGCCAUUUGGCCCCCAAACUUUUUAUAAUUACACUUUUUCCCAAUUCUCAACUAUAAAUACCCUC